GGUUUAUUCUAUACCACACGCCUACCCUAAUAUGGUCGAACAAAGAAUUGCUAGGGCGAAUUCUUGAAUCUAUCUCCCAAUCCGGUUGAUCCGAUUAAACAUUGAUUGUGAGAUUUGGGGCUGCGAUCGCGACAAUCGAAGGGAAAUCAAGAAUCGAUAAACCUGUUAAGCGGCUUCUUUGUUGUUGUUUGUUUUGCGACUUUGCGUAGACCAACGAAAUGAUCCAAUAAAUUAAAACCCUUCCCACGAAAUCGCACAAUUCAUCUUCAGUUUUCCCCAAAAUAUACCACUCAUCGAUCACCGUUUCUUCUCGUAUUCCUGUCUGUUGGACUUGUAUAAUCAUCUUUCUGAUAAUCACACCGCUAAAACCCUAGGUUUGCACUCCCCGUUGUAAAAAUUUCUAGGGUUUUUCUCGCGAUGGAUUCGGAAGAUGAUAUGCACGAUGCGAACGAUAUUGAUUCUUAUGAAGAAGAUUACUAUAGCGGCGAUGCGAUGUACAGCGAUGAUGAUGAUGAUGCUGGGUAUGAGUUUUUGGAUAACGCUUCUGAUGAUUCCGAUGAUGUAUCAGUUAGUCGGCAACAGAAGAAUUACACUAUCUUGAAGGAAGAUGACAUACGCCAACGCCAGGAGGAAGAUAUCACUAGAAUCUCUUCAGUUCUAUCAAUCUCAAGAGAUUCUGCAUGCAUGCUUUUGCGCCGUUUUAACUGGAAUGUUAGCAAUGUUCAUGAAGCAUGGUUUGCCAAUGAAGAUGCUGUUCGUAAAGCUGUUGGCAUGUUGGAUAAUACCAAUAUCAAUCCACCAAAAGCUGGAGAGCUACCUUGUGGGAUCUGCUUUGAAUCAUAUACACUUGAUAGUGUUAGUACUGCUGCUUGUGGUCAUCCUUUCUGUAACACAUGUUGGGCAGCUUACAUUAGCACAUCUAUCAAUGAUGGUCCUGGAUGUUUGACUUUGAGAUGCCCAAUUCCAUCUUGUGGUGCUGCUGUUGGUGUGGACAUGGUCAAUAUGUUGACUUCAGAUGAAGACAAGAAGAAAUAUCGUCGUUACCUUCUUAGAUCUUAUAUUGAGGACAAUAGAAAGACAAAGUGGUGCCCUGCUCCUGGAUGUGAUUGUGCUAUUGAGUUUGAUCUUGGAAGUGGAAGCUAUGAUGUAACUUGCUAUUGCUCAUACAGCUUUUGUUGGAAUUGUACAGAAGAAGCUCAUCGCCCUGUGGACUGUGAAACUGUGUCCAAGUGGAUUAUGAAAAACAGUGCAGAGUCUGAAAAUAUGAAUUGGAUUCUAGCAAAUUCUAAGCCUUGUCCAAAGUGCAAACGUCCAAUUGAGAAGAAUCAAGGUUGUAUGCACAUGACAUGCAACCCUCCAUGCAAAUACGAGUUUUGCUGGCUUUGCCUUGGUCAAUGGUCAGAUCAUGGAGAGAGAACUGGUGGAUUUUAUGCUUGCAACCGUUAUGAAUCUGCAAAGCAAGAAGGAGCUUAUGAUGAAUCUGAACGCAGAAGAGAAAUGGCAAAGAAUUCUUUAGAGAGAUACACUCACUAUUAUGAACGUUGGGCUACUAACCAAUCGUCGAGGCAAAAAGCACUUGCGGAUUUACUGCAGAUGCAAACAGUUCAUAGGCAAUGCCAACCCGAGACACAGUUGAAAUUUAUUCUAGAAGCUUGGUUGCAGAUAGUUGAAUGUAGGCGUGUGUUAAAAUGGACAUAUGCAUAUGGGUAUUACUUACCUGAGCAAGAAGUAGCAAAAAGACAGUUUUUUGAGUAUUUACAAGGUGAAGCAGAGGCUGGUUUAGAAAGGCUUCAUCAAUGUGCUGAAAAGGAAUUACAUACUUACAUUGAUGGAAAUGCCUCUCAAGAGGAGUUCAAUAAUUUCAGAACAAAGUUGGCUGGUUUGACCACUGUGACACGCAAUUACUUUGAGAAUUUGGUGAGAGCAUUAGAAAAUGGGUUAUCUGACGUGGACUCACACGGGGCAUCAAGCAAAACAAGCACCUCAAAACACGCAGCAGGGACAAGCAUGUUACUUGUUUGUUUAGUUUGUUUACUCAAAAGUAUGUCAUCUGUAAAGAUGAUAGCAAUUGUUGGUGUUUCCUCUACCCUUCUUGCCAUUACUUAUGUGUUUAAGAUGAUGAUAGUUGAAUGUAGGCGUGUGUUAAAAUGGACAUAUGCAUAUGGGUAUUACUUACCUGAGCAAGAAGUAGCAAAAAGACAGUUUUUUGAGUAUUUACAAGGUGAAGCAGAGGCUGGUUUAGAAAGGCUUCAUCAAUGUGCUGAAAAGGAAUUACAUACUUACAUUGAUGGAAAUGCCUCUCAAGAGGAGUUCAAUAAUUUCAGAACAAAGUUGGCUGGUUUGACCACUGUGACACGCAAUUACUUUGAGAAUUUGGUGAGAGCAUUAGAAAAUGGGUUAUCUGACGUGGACUCACACGGGGCAUCAAGCAAAACAAGCACCUCAAAACACGCAGCAGGGACAAGUAAGUCAAAAAGUGGAAAAGGAAAGGGGCCCACAAAGGGUGGUGGGUCAACUCGGACCGAUGAUUUGACCGGGUGGUCAUGCGAUCAGUGCACUUAUAUGAACCCAAAGAAUGCCACUUCUUGUCAGAUGUGUCACACCAGUCGGUGA